AGGUAAAAUCUGUUGAAAAAAUGAAUACUGUGUGCCUGUGUGUCUUCACCAGAUGUGUUUGGCUCCUCCCAGACAGCUUUCUAAAACAUUCCAGUCCACCUCUGGGAAUCUGCUGGCUUCUCCACACUCUCACUCCACUCCAGGAGGCAAAGAGACUGAGUUGACACAAAAUGAGAGGACUUGUUGUCUUGGUUACUUUGGCCUGCUUUGCCACUGCUCAGCACCAAACACUGAUUGACUACUUGGAGCGGAGGCUGCUCGCUAUUGAGGACCGGAUCUCUCUGUGGCAUGAACAGACAGCCCGCUACGCCUCGGAGCUGCGGGAGCUGAAGCAACAAAUGGUUUCCCAGCUGGAGAACCUGGAUAAAGAGAAAGAGACACUGAGAAUGAAUCUGGAUGGCGUGGGGACGAGGGUGGACCGAGUGGAACGUGAGUUGGACUACCUGGAGACUCAGAACGGAGCUCAGCCGUGUGUGGACGUGGACGACAAGCUGAUAGAACAGCAAGUGACGCUGGUAAAGGAGAAGCAAAAGGCCAAGUACUCAAAACUAUCAGAUUGCAGCGACAUGAUCUCCAGCAUAAAAGCCAUGAAGAUCUUGAAGCGAGUCGGAGGGCCAAAGGGCACGUGGACCAAAGACACCAGCAGCGGCUCUGGGAAGAUCUACAUUUUUAACGGGACGGAUGAAGACACCAUCCAUGAGUUUGCCUCUGUGCAAGACUUCUCUCGCUCACUAGGUAUGUCUCUGUCCAAGAACCUGAAACUUCCAUCUGCCUGGAGGGGAACAGGACACGUUGUCCUCAACAAUCACGCGUAUUAUAUAAAUCAGGCUGAAGAGAUAAUGGUGGUUAAAUAUGACAUGAAGAACAGCUCUGUGACAGACGCCGCAGUGUUCCCAGUGCAGGACCAUGUCCCACCGUACGGUCUGACCCCCGAGACAGUGAUGGACCUGGCUGUGGACGAGGAAGGCCUGUGGGUCAUUUAUGCCUCGCAGCAGAACGAGAGGUACAUCUCUCUGGCUAAAAUGGACGCCAACUCUCUUGACAACGAGCAAAUGUGGGACACAAACUGUCCGAGAGAGAAUGCGGAGGGAGCUUUUGUCAUCUGUGGCACUUUGUAUGUGGUGUACAACACCAAGCAGCCCGGUCGGUCACGUAUCCAGUGUGUGUUUGACGUCAAUGAUAUGGUUACCAACGAAGAAGCACCACUGGUUUACUUUCCAAAGCGUUACGGAACCCACUCCAGUCUAAAGUACAACCCGCAGGAGCAGCUGCUCUAUGCAUGGGAUGAUGGCUACCAGAUCCUGUACAAGCUUAUCAUGAAAAAAAAAUUAGAAAUUUGAGCUAAAUAAUAUACAGCACCAAACCUAAACCAUCUUAAAGUACCCAGCCAUUGUUUUUACAAGUUUAAGCACCAUAACUACAAAUCAUGUGUACUAUAUAUUACUGCUGACCAUUUUUAAUGCUAUGGUCGAUGGUUUCCAUCUCCCCCCAUGAUGAAGAAUUCUAAGUUAUGACAACAUCACUGCCUUCAGUGAUUGCACACCACCCCCACCCCUCUUCCACGCAGUUGCUUGUAGCCAAGGAGGACACAGAGGAUUUAAAAAAACAUGAUGGACCCUUUAGAAGAGGUAAUUAUCUCCACUUGAGUUUCUGUGUGCGAAUGUCGCCGGCCGACACCAUGUUCUGAACACAGCCAUACUAAGAAAAUCAGAGAGAGUUUUGUGGAGCUGAUAAUCUUAAUUAGAUUUAUGUCAACUCAUUUGGCAAUGGCUUGAAUGUAACAGACGUUCAUAAAUAUUUAAAAAGUUAUGCACUAAAACUAUAAUGCAUGUUGUGGCUUUUCAGAAUUGUCAGUGUGCACGUGAUAUACACAGUUUAAGUCCAGACUGAUUUGAAAAGUCUCGACAAUUACAGCACAUUUUCUAAAAAUGAGUGCACUGUGACAACUCAAGAGUAUGCAAUUUGACUUUUAUACUAUUCAUAAAUGAAUGGACAACAACGGAGGGUAGGAGAAAUAAAUUGAAAAGUUGUCAACACUCCAGUAUGGUAUGCAAAAUGGUCAGCAGUGACGUGAAGUAUCCCCCCCGGCUCAACCCUCCCUUUCUAAGCCUAUACUCGAACCUUUAUGUAAUGCAAAACGCACCCCUCAAGAGAAGGUGUUUGGUUUGUCUGUUCUGGGCUAGUGUAGAAUCCAUAGACUGUAUAUAAAGAUGGACAAUGCAUCUCCACUUCCUCCAACUGUGCAAAAGUGAAGCCAAAGCAUCCCCGAAACAAGCACUGCCAUCUUGUAAUUUUGGAGCCAGAGUCUGCGCCUUAGUGACCUGGAGGUUGAGUCCUGCCCAUACACCAGCCUGACUAUUCAGAUGUCAAUCACAGCUGCCAAUCAUGACGUUUUGUCCUGUUUUUAUAGAAUGAAAUAACUAAUAAAAACCAAACUUAUGAGAAAAAUUAACACUUGAACAAACCUGUGUGUGAUAACAAAUACCUAAAAUGACAGAAACCAUGUUUGGGAAAAAGUAUUUGACAUGUACUUUGAUUUUUAAGUUUGGUUCGUGUCCCAUCUGCUAACAUAGUGGGGGUGUGAUUUAUUAACUUUACUGCAGCCAGCCACCAGGGGUGUUCAAGAUGUUUUGGCUUCACUUAUACAGUCUAUGUAUCAAACGCAUGAACCCCUGGUAGGAACAGGGAAGACGACCCGUUCCUGUAGCUGUAGAUAUAUAGGGGUCAUUCUAGGCUAACGAAAACACAACAAUACUUAGUUUCAGGUGAUUAUACACUAAUAAAAACCUUAAUUAUGAAUAUUAGCCUACAUUCAAUUUCUGCCAAUAGAGCCCCCUAAAUCCUACACAUUGGCCCUUUAAGUUUAAAAUCCCAAAAAGGUUUUAAAGGAAUGGAUUGUAAAACUGUAUCUAUAUACUACCCAACCACUCGCUUUAAACUCACUGGAAAAAUCUGUCCAAUCUUUUUCUAUUUGACAUGUCAUUUUUCCAUAUCAAGGUCAAGGUCAAAGUUUAUUUAUAUAGCACAUUUACAAACAGUCACUACCGCCCCAAAGUGCUGUACAAUUAUAAAUAACAACAUAAGAAGAAGGCAUAACAAAUAUCCAGAUAAAAUUGAAUAUGCCAAAAACAACAAAAAUACAACAGAUAAAAAGCUUUGCUCGAAUCAAUACAACCACAAAAUGUCACAGCUCAGCUUGUGUUAAAAGCCAGUGCAAAGAGAUGAGUUUUUAAAAGUGAUUUAAAACUCUCAAUAGAGGAAGCUGCUCUAAUGUUCAGGGGGAGAGAGUUCCAGAGCUUCGGACCUGCCACCGAGAAAGCUCUGUCCCCUCUGGUCUUCAGUCUUGUUCUGGGACAGUCUAAAAGCACCUGGUCAGCGGACCUAAGUGCUCUGACUGGAGUGUGCAAAACCAGCAUAUCGGAUAAAUAUGAUGGUGCCAGCCCAUUCAGAGAUUUAAAAACAAACAAUAAGAUCUUAAAAUGAAUUCUAAAAACGACAGGCAGCCAGUGGAGAGACGACAGGACGGGGGUGAUGUGGUCAUAGCGCCUUUUUCCUGUCAGCAGGCGUGCAGCCGCAUUCUGGACUAACUGUAAUCGGUGAACUGAAGACUGCUCAAGGCCAUAGUACAGUGAGUUACAGUAGUCCAGGCGAUUUGUAAUCAAGGCAUGCACAACUGUUUCCAGUUGACUAUGGGGCAGGUAAGGCUUGACCUUCCCAAGAAGUCUGAGCUGAAAAAAGCUUGUUUUUACCACUGAACUGAUUUGUUUAUCGAGUUUAAAAGAACUGUCAAUAAAAACACCAAGAGUUUUUACAAGUGGGCAGCAAUUUGAGAACAUAGGACCAAGAGCAUUGUUAAAACCAGAGACAUCGGGCUUCCCAAAAAUUACAACUUCAGUUUUUUUAUCAUUUAAGUUCAAAAAAUUCAAUGACAUCCAGUCUUUUACAUCAUGUAGGCAUUUACUCAGAGCUUCAACUGAGUUUGUUUUAGAAUUCAAAGGUAGGUAAAUCUGGACAUCAUCUGCAAAGCAGUGAAAGGAUAUGUUGUAUUUUCGGAAGAUUGAUCCGAGGGGCAGCAUAUAUGAAUACAUAUAUCUGCAUAUAUGAAUACAUAUAUCUGAUAACAUAGGCUAUAUAGUCAUAUUAUAUUAAAAGGCAAUGCUUAGUUUAAAAGAUAGAGGAAAAUAAACAUUUUCUUUAGUUAUGGCUCAAAUAAAUAAACUCUAAAUUUCAACAACUGCCAUAAUCCUAUUAUAUGAUGUUGCCACGUAUGGUGCAACUACAGCUAUGUUGUCACUAUGGGUGGCAACCUCAGAACUGCAAUAAAUAAACCUGGGAUAUUAGGAUACAUGCAAGAAAAAGCUAGCUGGCUAGUGCUGUUAUAUUUCUGUCUAUGCAUCAUGUGAACUUUUCACAAGUCAAGCACAUAUGUAUUUUGUGGCGUUAACUUUUUACUAAAUGAAAUCACCAAGAUUGAGAGCACCACAAUUUGAAUUAUGCCGCUUAUAUAAUGCACUUAUUUAUAUCUGAACAUAACUUCUAUUUCUUACUAUGUACUUAUAAUAUGCUCAUUUUUUCAGUAUCAUCUAUUCCUAUUUCUGCUUCUAAUUAUUGUUCAUUGUGAAAAUAAAUGGCAAACUAUUAUCA